AUGGCGCAGACGACAACGUUUGGGGAUCUGGAAAAGGCAACCUGCUGUCUUUUGCAGAUCAUCAAGGACACGCCUGAGCUGGACAAAAAUACAAAGGUGGCCAUCGCCGGAGAUAUGGCUGUGCAGAAAUAUCUUCCCAACUCGAGGCAACAAUUUGGAGCAGGGCAAAGCAUCGACUUGAUCACAAACUCUGGAACAUCCGCGUCUCUCCUGCGCAAGAAACUGCUUCACCACCCCAUGUCACCACUGACCGAAUCCUCCGACCGGCUUCUCUACUACCAGACCAGGUCCGCCGGCAUCGAGGUCCGCAUCACGCCUGAGAUGCUCUGCCCGUUCCUCCCAGGCGCGGCCAAACUCGUGCACGAGAUCACGCCCUCGCCCGACCAGCUCCCGUACAUCUCGCUGAACGACCUGAUCGUGUUCAAGAUGGACGCGUGUGGGCUCCGGGACUCGGCACAGGGCAAGCAGCAGGAGGCGAGGGACGCGGCGCUCCUCCUCGAGGUGGCGACCGAGCACUGCGCCCUCGACCUCAACCAGGACCAGGCACGCGUGGUCGACGAGUGUCUGGCGGACAUACUGCGCCACUCCGCGCCCGACAGGCAGAACAAGGCGUGGUGGCAGGCCAGGCUGAUGGGCAAGUGUGACCCGGACGCCCGCAAGGAGGCCAAGGAGGUGCUGUCCGACAUG